GAUCGGUCUUAUCCACUUUACACUCUAUAAAAUUUGUCUUUUCCGUGUAUCAAUUUAUAUAAAGAAUAGUUAAGUUUAAGUACACUUGUACUCCAGUGCGCCUACUGUUCAGUCGCUUUUUUUUCUUUUGAAAAUUUAUUUCUUUGUGAAUAUUAAAAUUUUAUACAGUGGAUUUUGGGUUGUGUUCGAGUGGUUAAGUUAAACCAAGUGGUUGCUGUCAUCCAUAUUUCCCAGGAGGAAAAAUUGCUGAACGAACCGGACUCCCGUCAACCAGGUGAUUCAUUUGGAACCAGGAGAAUGGAACGCCGCCCAAUACCAGCAGUUUUUCCAAGUCUAUGGGCAAUAAUGAUUGACAAGCAAACUUUUAUGUAUAAUAAAUUUGUUCGUGAGGGCUUAUCCGAAUUCAUUGGCAAUGUUCAGCCGAACACUUUUUAUUACAAUUUCGAUGGAAAAAUAUUUUCAGCACUGAAACAAAUAUAUCCAGCGUCCAGAUCAAAAGGAACUUUUUAUGAUCACUCCAACUUAUUGUACUCUCAAGCUGUAAUAUUAGUACCAGAACUGCGUGGACAGAAUAACACAGAUAAGCUACAAGUGUUCGGGAAGGUUUUAUUUCUGAGUCUCCUACCGCCUGGGAACAUAGUAGAGGGAUUAAUAAUUACUGUAAAAAAUUUGAGCGAAGAUUUGUUUAAUACUUUCAAACCAUUUCUUCAAUAUUAUUUAGACGAGUGGGUUAAUAAAGUUGGAGUAAGUAACCUGUCAUUCCACAAUGACACCGACGCAAUCAGUAACUGCAGCCAAAUUCACUCCACUCGCAUACAAAACAUUUGUGGAACUCAGCCGAACACAUGGACUCUUUUAGAAACAAUUAUCCAUCUACAGUCAGAAAGUAGUCGGGACAUAAAACUGGCAAUGAGCAAAAAAAGAAUUAACAAAGGAACACUGCCAGCCGGAAAUUUGGUAGAGGUAUCAAAAAUUCAAAGGCUGCAUCGUUUGUUCGAAGGAAAAAAAAUAACAAUUUUAGAAUUCAUAUCCAGAGGGACCAUUGUUAUUAAUAAUUAUAUUCAAGACUUGGCAUUUAAGAAUCCACGUGCGAGGACCGAUUUUUCGAUCGUUGACCUUGUGCCCAUUGACCACAAACUGGUUAUGACAUGGGAGCAGGUAAGAAGUUUGGAGCGAGAAAUACCGCUGCAAUUAUUAGAUGUUGGAGAAGAAAAUCCUCAAAGUGGAAACGAGUCCGACAGUUCCUCUGGCAAGUUACUUUUAUAUUUAUAA